UUUUAUAAUUGAUUAAUAAUAAUAGUUUAAAAACGUGCAAUUGCCAAUUAGUAUUGAGUAUUCAUUAUUUACCAUUUAAUUAGAUAGAAGUGAUAGAACCAUAAUAAAAACUUACAAAAUGGCAGCUGAAGAAUUACAGAAACAGUUCCAACAUGAACUGGAUGCAUUUAAACAAUGUCAAAAAGAAAUUAAUCAAUUAGCUGGAAUGCGCCAACAAUUGGAUGGUCAACUUAAUGAAAACUCAAUCGUAAAAGAAGAGUUAGCUCUAUUAAAACCUUCAGGUGAAGUAUAUAAAAUGGUUGGUCCUAUAUUACUACGUCAAGAUCACACAGAAGCUAAAGAAAAUAUUGACAAACGUAUGAGUUAUAUAAAAAAUGAACUGCAAAGAAUUGAUGAUCGGAUACAUACAUUAGAAGGUACACAAGACCAAUAUAGGGAAUCUCUUACUAAAUUACAACAACAGUUUCAAGCUCAACAAGAAAAAAAGUGAUUUAUCAUUUCAAAUCAAAGAUGAAAAAUUAUACUACUAACUAUUUAAUGUGUCAAAUUCAUUAAACUAUUAAUAAUUCUAUAAUAAUAUCACUAAUUAUUUAAUAAAAUGUAAUCAAUAUAUCUAUAAACCU